UGAAGAGCCACACAGUAUUGCCAUGCGGCGGCCUAUCACUUACAGUUCACCUCUUAUCCGCUAUCAAAAUGUGUCUCCUCGAUUUACCCGGACAUCGAUGAAGAAUGCUUUCCAUCGAAGAAACCUCAACACUCGAUCCUUCGGUUCAUCAGCGCAGUUAUUCGCAAGGGUAACUUCACCCGUCAAAUCCGCAGGAUCAGAUCAAGACCUUUUUUCUUAUACGGCGGGGCGCUACAUCUUUAACGAAAAGCUUCGCCUUGAAGAACGAUAUGCUGAGUUUAAUGUCGAAGCGCUGAAAACGGUGGCCGCAGGCAGCGUCGGUAGAGACACUGUCGUUAAUAUAAAGAAACUCGCGGGAGGGUGGUUUCAACCGAGUCUUUGUCCUCACGAUGGACGACGGCUUAGAGGUUAUUGCCAAGAUUCCCUAUCCACUCACAGCUCCCAAGAAGUUAGCCACGGAAAGUGAGGUUGCAACUCUUGACUUUCUGCGGACGAAAGGGAUACCCGUACCGCGAGUUCAUGCAUAUGCUUCGGAGAGCAACAACGCCGUGGGAACUGAGUAUCUAAUCAUGGACAAAGCUUGUGGACAGCCAUUAGACCGUCGCUGGUUUGAUCUCACCCCGAAAGAAAGGGUUCGUUUGGUGACCAGUUACGUCGACAUCGAACAGAAACUGUUCUCGAUCCCAUUUGGAUCUUAUGGUAGCCUCUACUAUACACAUACUGUACAACCAAAUCUCCGAGCUGAUCUUUAUCAAACUCCACAUGGGCAUCAAGAUGGCCGAUUCUGUAUCGGGCCUUCCGCCGAUUACAUGUUUUGGCGAGGGAAACGCGCUGCCCUCGAGUUGGACCGCGGGCCUUGGAGAGACCAUCGGGAUUAUAUUCGCAGCGUCGGUCAGCGCGAACUCGAAUGGACCAGCAGAUACGGCAAGCCGCAACAAAAUGAUUUCCCUCAUAACACCAUAGUGAAGGGGGAGGUUUCUCCAGGAACUUAUCUCGACCUUCUCAGGAAGUUUAUCUCAAUCUCGCCAUAUAUUCUUCCUGAAAGCCGCGAAGACCCCAUGAAUAUGCCUACCCUGCGACAUCCAGAUCUAAACCCAUCCAACGUGUUUGUCUCGGACUCUUGCGAAAUCUCUUGCAUUGUUGACUGGCAACAUAGCUCUAUCCUUCAGUUGCUACUCACGGCGGGUAACCCGCCACUCUUUGAUAAUCCAGACUCCGAGCCGCCCAGCAGUUUGGAAAAGCCCUCCCUCCCCGAGGACUAUAGUUCUUUAAGCCGCGAAGAACAGUCCAGGGCUGACGAACUCCAUCGCCGGAGAAUGUUAUUUUAUCUGUACAUGGUUUUUAACGGCCGAGAUAACAAAACUCAUCUCGAGGCACUUCGAUAUCCCCUCUCGCCGCUUCGACAGCAUGUAGUAGACCGAGCCGGCCGCCAAUAGAGCGGAAAUGUGAUUACGUUGAAAGGGGCCCUUAUGAGGCUUAUUGAGCGUUGGGGACAGUUAGCGAACAACACAGGGGGAAGUGGUUGCCCCGUUUCUUUCGCGAAAGAGGAAAGGGAGGAAUUCUAUCGGAUUGAAGAGAACUGGUUGAAGGCGACGGUGUUGCUCGAGCAUUGGCGGGCUCUCCUGGAUGAUCUAGGAGAAUAUGGAUAGGUGAGGCAUGAAUCAUACGAAGCAGUCAUGCAGACUAACAAGCAGCUUAAGGGGGAGUGGCUAGCUGAAGCGGAAGACGAGGAAGACUUCAAGUCGGUGGAUUUGUUCUGGCCGUUUCAGGAUCACGAAGAAAUGAAUUAGGAAAGACCAUACAUUUCUAUACUUCGAAACGC